AUGUCUCGGUUCUUCAUAGGUUUCUUCUUGACAGUUCUGGCCUCCUUGGCCGGGGCCACCUCCGUGUUCUCGCCCGCUCGGCCUCCUGCAUUGCCACUGGCUGUCAAAUCACCGUACCUGAGCACUUGGCUGUCGGCGGGGAGUGAUGGAGGUAAUGGUGGGUAUCUUGCUGGGGCAUGGCCAACGUUCUGGGGGGGUCAGAUUACUGGCUGGGCUGGUAUGGUUCGUGUUGAUGGUAAUGCGUAUACCUGGAUGGGAAUUCCGGGACCGGCAACGGUGAAUCAGACUUCAUAUGAGUACACAUCCACGAAGAGUGUCUUCACCAUGAACGUUGCGGACAAAGUGGGCAUGAACAUUACGUUCCUCUCUCCCAUCACACCGAAUGAUCUCAAGCGGCAAUCUCUUGUCUUUUCCUAUGUGGACGUGGAAAUUGAAUCUCUCGAUGGCCAGGCCCACGAUGUGCAGCUAUACGCAGAUAUCUCAGCGGAAUGGGUGUCGGGAGACCGGUCUACCACUGCGACGUGGGACUAUGGGGUCACUGAUAAUGGUGUCGCCUACCACAAGGUCAGUCGCCAGACCCCGCUUGCCUUCUCCGAGGUCAGUGAUCAGGGAGAAUGGGGAGACUGGUAUUGGGCAACAGGCAACAGUCAAGGCAUGACCUAUCAAUCGGGAGUGGCCGACGACGUUCGGGAAGCUUUUGCCGCGAACGGAACCCUGAGUGACUCCAAGGACACCGAUUAUCGUGGCAUCUCAACUAACUGGCCGAUCUUUGCAUUUGCUCAUGACCUUGGAUCGGUUGAGUCGUCGACUGGAGUUCUAUACUCGAUUGGUCUGGCGCAGACUGACGCAAUCCAAUACGAAGGGAAUAGCAGUGGGACCACCAUUCUGCCUUCUUUGUGGACCAACUAUUUCAGUACGGGACCAGAUGCUCUGGACUUCUUCCAUAAUGACUAUACGACAUCCUCUUCGCUUUCUUCGGAUUUGGACAACCAGGUAUCCAAGGACUCCAUUGCUGCAGCUGGCCAGAACUAUCUGGCCAUCACUUCGCUCACUGUUCGUCAAGCCUUCGGUGCAACCCAGCUGGUUGGAACGCCGGACAACACCUACCUUUUCAUGAAAGAGAUAUCCUCGGAUGGAAACGUGAACACGGUCGACGUCAUCUUCCCGGCGCAUCCCAUCUUUUUGUACACCAACCCAGAGCUUCUCGAACUGCUGUUGAAGCCACUGUUUGAGAUCCAGGAGUCCGGAAACUAUCCCAACAGGUACGCCAUGCACGAUGUGGGGAGCAACUAUCCCAAUGCGACAGGCCACCCGGACGGCAAUGACGAGGCGAUGCCACUUGAAGAAUGUGGAAACAUGGUCAUUAUGGCCUUGACAUAUGCUCAGAAAGCGAGCACAACCGACUACCUCUCCGAGCAUUAUACCCUGCUCAACCAAUGGACCGCGUACCUCGUGGAAGAUGCAAUCUACCCCGCCAACCAGAUCUCGACGGAUGACUUUGCAGGAAGCUUGGCGAACCAGACCAACCUGGCCCUGAAAGGUAUCAUCGGAAUCGAAGCCAUGGCUGUCAUUAGCAACGAGACCAAUCACUCUGACAACGCGGCCAACUAUACUGCUAUCGCUCAUAACUACAUCGACAGAUGGCAGGUUCUGGGUGUUGCACAGGAUGCGAACCCUCCGCACACGACGUUGGCCUACGGCUCCAACGAUACUCACGGUCUCCUCUACAAUUUGUAUGCCGAUCGGGAAUUGAACCUGAACUUGGUUCCUCAAUCGGUGUACGACAUGCAAAGUACUUUCUACCCCACUGUACAGAUGAAGUACGGAGUACCGCUAGACACUCGGCAUACUUACACGAAGAGUGACUGGGAGAUGUUCACUGCUGCAAUUGCAUCAUCCGACACGCGGAACAUGUUCAUCGAUGAUCUUGCGGAGUGGAUAAGCGCCACCCCCACAAACCGUGCGAUGACUGACCUUUACGAUACAACCACCGGAGACUACCCAUCAAGCACCUUCAUUGCCCGACCCGUUAUGGGGGGCGCCUUUGCCUUGCUCCUACUCAAUCAAGGCGAUUGA